GUAGACUUUCUACUCUUAAUUUACAGAAUCCAAGCGGCUAGUACUUUAUAAAUAUGGUUCUCGCAGCCGUGGGGCAACUAUGUUCGACUGGAAGUCUAGCGGCCAACUUGACACAAUGCAAGACGCUGGUACGCAAGGCAGCCGCAGCUGGAGCUAAGGCAUUGUUUCUUCCCGAGGCUGCGGACUAUAUCGCAUCAUCGCCCGCAGAGACUAUCUCACUGGCACGCUCUGUACAAGACAGCGAGUUUGUACUGGGUCUCCAAAAAGAGGCACAAUUGGCCAAUCUGCACAUCAAUGUAGGGAUACACGAACCGGCGUCGAAUGGUAGGAUUAAGAACACCCUCGUUUGGAUCAAUGAAAAGGGCGACAUCACACAACGCUACCAGAAGGUCCAUCUAUUCGAUGUGGACAUCAAGGGUGGACCAGUAUUGAAGGAAAGCGCGAGCGUUGAGAAGGGGAUGGAGAUACUACCGCCUUUCGAGACGCCCGUUGGGCGAGUAGGCUUGUCUAUUUGUUUUGAUCUGCGCUUUCCUGAGAUUAGUCUGGCUCUCAAAAGACAGAACGCCCAAAUCAUCACAUAUCCAUCAGCUUUCACGGUUCCUACCGGGACAGCGCAUUGGGAGACCCUUUUACGCGCCAGAGCUAUAGAAACACAGUCCUACGUGAUUGCCGCAGCUCAGGCUGGGCCUCACAAUGAAAAGAGGAGAAGCUACGGACAUUCCAUGAUCGUCAACCCAUGGGGCGAAGUUGUUGCCAAGCUUGACGAUGAAUACCAGGAGCCGCAGAUCGCGGUUGCGGACAUUGAUCUAGAUCUCCUUGCUAAAGUCAGGAGAGAGAUGCCGCUACUCAGAAGAACGGAUAUAUACCCAGAAGUAUAGAUGAUCAUGGCAUUUGACUCAGUACAUACGAUAUCUGUAACUAUUACACCAU